GGUGGGAGCCAGCUAACGGGUUCAGCACGGUUGAGUCUAUAUCGGAGUGGCAGAAGGGACCUUCUGACGUAUCUAGGGGAGGAGACACGUCACCAGGGGGAGGAGCUACGGCCGAACAGGGUACCCGAAAAGUACGGUAAUAGUUGGUGGCGUGGAUAGUAGAGGAACUAUCCCGCUGGCCUAGCUCCUCCCCCUUGAGUCGUGACUCCUCCCCCAGACGGAAAAGGUCCCUUGAUUCUAGCAUCUACCGGUUCAGCACGUGUCAUCACAUCCGGGGUCCCUUUCAACGCUGACUGAGGGGCCCGGCACAGGGAGACCCCCUGAGCCUGUGAUCAGUACAGCGCAGGGACAAUCGGCAGCUGAUCGCUAUGCGCCUGCGCGUCUCUGCAGGGAUACACGGCAACCGACUCCAUCUGCGCGGCUCAGGCAACAUGAAAACCUCUUAAAUCUGACGUUUGAGAGCAGAGCGAUGCUGAUGGGUGCUGUGCACACAGAAAUCUGCCCUGACUUCCGCACACAUGGCGAUAUUGAAGACUAGCCUAUGUACACAGAAUUCCCGCCUUAACCGAAGAAAUGUUUUUCUGUUGAAGUUCCUGGGUCUUAUUUUUAUAGUUAUAUUUUUCUGCGAGUUUUUACUGUACUACUUUGUUAUAAUCCAGUGCCAAUGGCCAAAACUGAAGACCAUGCCCAGUCCACGUGGCUCGUCCCCGCUUAAGGCCAUGUUCUUAUCAGAUACUCACCUGCUUGGUGAAAUCACUGGUCAUUGGUUUGACAAAUUGAGAAGAGAAUGGCAGAUGGAGAGGGCCUAUCAGAGCGCCAUUUGGCUACUGCAACCCGAUAUUGUUUUCAUCCUUGGGGAUCUGUUUGAUGAAGGAAAAUGGAGUAACUCUAAGGCAUGGGAAAAUGAUGUUGCCCGCUUCCAGUCUAUGUUCAGACACCCUCCUCAUACAGAGCUGAUAGUUGUUGUGGGAAAUCAUGACAUUGGAUUUCAUUAUGAAAUGACAGUGCACAAACUAAGAAGAUUUGAGGGGGUAUUUAAUGUCACUUCUGGGAAAGUAGUGUCCCGAAAAGGAAUUAACUUUGUGCUAGUGAACAGUGUAGCCCUGGAGGGUGAUGGCUGUGUUAUUUGCAGAGCUGCAGAAGAUCAAAUCAUUGAUGUUUCUCGACGCCUCAAUUGCUCCCGCAUGAAAGAUCAUCCAGACUUUGUAAAGAAAUGUGUCAAUCUUGACCUGCUGCCUCCAUCUGCCUCAAUACUUUUACAGCAUUAUCCACUGUAUAGGAAAAGUGAUUCUGACUGUACCGGCGAAGACUCUGCUUCUCCAGAAGAAAAGAAAGUUUUGUUUACAGAGAAAUACGACGUUCUCUCACAGGAUGCUUCUCAAAAGCUGCUGCAGUUGGUUCAACCAAGGCUGAUCCUGAGUGGCCACACCCACAGUGCUUGCACUGUGCUUCAUGGGAAUAUCCCAGAGAUCAGCGUCCCCUCAUUCAGCUGGAGGAAUAGAAAUAACCCGAGCUUCAUGAUGGGUCUUAUCUCCCCUGAAGACUUUUCCCUUGGAAAAUGCUUUCUCCCAACAGAGAAUACAGUCAUCUAUACCUACUGUGUGGCAAGCAUGCUGCUUUCUCUCUAUGUAAUAACUUAUUUGUUGCCACUGAACACUUUGAAAUCCAUCUGUUACACAACCAAAGAAAAGCCUGUGUAAGGACGCAAAGUGUCUACAUUAUGCCGAGAACGCCAAGGAUUACGUGAAGAUUUUUUUUUUCUAGAAUAGACCAGUACAUUUUACCAAAUAUAUAUUUAUUAAAUGAUGUACCUGUACAAUAUGUGACUGUUACCUAUAAAUUAAAAAAAGAAAAGAAAAUUCCUUCAUUGAUUUAAUAGCCAUUUCACCUGCAGGACAGUAUGUAUCUGCCCCAUGUGAUGGCACUUUAGAAUCAGCCCAUGGACACUUCAUCUUUCCAGUUUAUCAGCAUCCUAGUUCAGUAGAAUAAAUGUGAUUGUCUAUGAUAAUUAUUGUGUAAUUUUUAAAUUCUGUAAAACGUCAGCCUUUUUUGUCACAAGUCUUUAAAAAAAAAAAAAAAAAAUAGAAAGUUAAUGAAAUAGGAUGUAAACAUAACUACAGAUAGCAAAGUAACAACUAUAUAUAUAUAUAUAUAUAUAUAUAUAUAUAAUCUUUACGAAAUUUAAAAGUUUCACUAAUAACAAACAGUCCUAACGCUUGUUAUUACAGGGGCAUAGACAGAGGAACAAGAUAUGACGGUCUAAAAGUGGCUUCUAUAUGUUGCAGGAUAUUCCAGCACAUAACAUAAAAUACACCACUCUUUACUUUGGUACUCGUUCCCACAGGGUUUAAUGUGAGACUACUUUGCAGUCAAACACGUUAUGUGGCAAAGAGCUCCAACCUAAACAUCAUUACAAUCUUCUGUCUUAAAAAUUAAGCUUACAUUUUGUAAUUUAAAUGUCAAGCCAAAUGGUUUCCUGGCCCAGACUGAGAGGAAAACCACACGGACCAGUCUAUGAAGGCGAGACUAAGGGGGAAACUUGCAUGACAGCAGUAGCUGAUUAAGCGCCUGUGCACAACUGUGAAUUAAAAGCAGAAUAUGUAUUUCAGAAUUCUCAUCUACUGUAGUACAAAUAAAAUGUCUCCUCUCCAUACAAAAA